AUGCAGGAUCAGGCGCAGGAGGACAGCACUCUAUGGGCGAACUCUAAACUGGUGCACGUUCUUGCCGGUAUCUACUUAUGGGAGUGGUUCACCACGCUUCCAUACGAGUGGGAGGUGAUGACGGGAAGGCGGCGUUCUGUAGGGAUGGUGUCAUUCAUCGUGUACAUGCUUAUACGCACACUCACCCUGGUCUUCCUCAUCACGAUCCUUGUCACUUGGAACCUCAGCACCCCGUUGGGCACAGCUGCCUGCAAAUUCGUGUAUCAUUGGGUAUCGAUCGUUGCGGCCCUGACACUCCUUUGUUGUGCUCUAUUGAUAGCGUUCCGCGCGGUUGCUCUAUGGCGAAAGAACUGGGUGGCGAUAGGAUGGAUAGCCACAUUAUGGUCCUUGGACGCCGGAACUGCCAUGUGGGAACAGACCAUGGGGACGCCGCGCUGGUCUGAUGAGCUUCAACGGUGUCAGAUCUUGAACACUUCGGCCUUCCGAGUGCCGCUACUGAUCGACGUAAUGGCCAACAUGCUUCUCCUGGUGACCAUGCUUCUCGGCCUUUGGAGGCAAAGGAACGAUACUAGCCUCUGGAAACUGCUAAACAUACAGGGGUGGUCUUGGCUGGUGGUUGCUUUACUAUGCGAAGUUCCUUCAGUGGUCUUGAAUUGGCUGAACAUCAGUGAGGCCUGGAAUAUACUCUUCCAGACCCCACACUUGGUAGCAUUAGUGAUUGUAUGCACACGUAUACAUCGCGGACUCGUCGUAUACAUGACCGAUUUCGACAAGGGAUCCGACUCUGUCUAUCAACACCGCCAGAGGCCAUCAGAGUUCGAGUUCGCAACUCCGCUCCAGGUCAACGUGCGACGAACCUUACAGCAGUCGACGGCAGUCCAAACCUCCGCCAUCGAGGGCGCCGUCGAUAUCAUCAUCAUGACCCUAAGAUCCAUAUAA